UGCUUCGUGUUUAGGUUAAAAAAUCUGCGUGGAAAUCUAAGGCGCGAUUUGAACGAAUAAUAAUUAAAAAAAAAAAAAGCUUAAUGGAAGCGAGUUCUUCCAGAAAUAGAGAAUCGAUUGGCGCGAGUGAGGAAACCGCGUUGGAACUUCGUAAAUUGCGAGAAGCUGCCAAACAUGCGGCUAUUUAUCACAAUCACGAGAGCAAGUUUCAGAGAAGGACAGAUCUUUCGCAUGUCGUGCACGCCGGUCUACACUGUGUCCAAUUUGUGGUUGCGUCGGCCAUUGAAAUUUUUCAUCACGUGCAUCAUUAUGUGAACGAAAGAGCGCGCGAAGAGGACGAUACGAUCCCAGAAUUGCCGGAGGAAAGAAAUCCCAUUUUCUUCGUGUAUCCUAUUUGCAUGUUGGCGAGCCUUGUUCUCGCGAUCCUUUGGCUUGUUAAGAAACUACACUACAGACCUUUGAUACCUCUCGUAGCGUGCACGACCGGGGCUAUUCUGAUGCUUGUGACGGGAAUAAUGGAGAUGAGACAUGCCGAUAUUUACAUUGACAUUACCGAAUUUACCGAUGAGGAAAUAUUGGAGCAUCCCUGGCAGUGGAUUCGACGAGAAUCAGCAAGUUCAACGGAUAUUACGCAAAGUUCUGACUCUAGUGUGGAUACCGACGUAACUGAAGAUUCUAUUAUUGAAGAAAAGAUCGAUAGACUCGGGCAGACUGUAGAACUGGCACCAAUUCCUACUUUGAGAGAUUUAUCCGUUCCCUCUGCGAUUGUUGAAAUAGAUGAGGAACCACGUCUCUAUUGUUGUUUCGUCGACUGCUACAAUUAUAUUAGAACAAAACUGGAAAGUAAACCAAAACACGAGUUCCAAGUAGUGCACGUUAUGUAA